AUGUUUGCAGCAGCUACUAAGAACUUUGUGAAGCAGGUGGGGGACACAGGGCGGUUGAUUCCUGUUCCAAGCCUCAGCGAGGCAGACCGGUAUCAACCCCUUAGCCUGGUGACCAGAAAAAGGAGAAGACAUUUUUGGAAGAAAACCAAGUAUGCUUCGACCCCAUUCUCACUGAAAGACAUACUCGUAGGAGAAAAGGAGAUUACUGCAGGAGUGUCUUCUUACCAGCUUCUCAACUAUGAAGACAAGUCAGAUGUGUCUCUGACUGGACGCCUGGGCAACCAUCUCAUUCAUGAAGUGGGCGUAAACAUCAGUGGUUCAGACUCUGUGGCGGUCAAAGCUUCUUUUGGUGUUGUAACUAAACAUGAGGUGGAGGUUCCUACUUUACUACGAGAGCUGAACUCAAGAAAAGUUGACCUGGAUCACUGUCUGGUCCGCCAGUCAAGGGAAAGUGGACGAACUGUGCUUUGUGUUGUCAUGGAAAGUAUUCGUACCACACGCCAGUGUUCGCUCACCGUACAUGCUGGUGUGCGUGGGACUACUAUGAGGUUUCAGAUAGACAAUGGUCAUAAUCCUAAAGGCCGUGACAAAUCCAUCGUUAUUCCAGCUCACACUACCAUAGCCUUUAGCAUAUUCGAGCUUUACGUGCGACUUGAUGGACGUCUAGAUAUUUGUGUAGCACCAGCAUCAGUGGGAGGUUUCGAGAGGGAACAGAUCCGUGAGCAACUUGGUGGAUUUGUUGGCAGGUUUUCAGUAGGCAGACUGCGCAGGUUUCUGUCAGGGAUUAUUUAUGGGAACCCCUUCAGAGCAGAUGACAGAACGUUUGAGGAGCUCACUCACUCGGACAUGUAUAUGGACGACGUAGCAGAUUACUAUGAAAAAGCAGCCAGCAUGACUGACUUGUCUAUGUCUUACCUACGUGAGGACAAGCACACUCGAGUUAACCUGCUAAACCACAACAUCCCUAAAGGCCUAUGCUCUCUCUGCAGCAUGAGCCACCAGCGCCGGGAGACUGUCUACGGCUGCCUCGAGUGCUCCUCUGGUGGGCAGAAGUAUGUACGGUUACACGCUGUGCCAUGCUUUGAUCUGUGGCACAAAAACAUACGGUAA